AUGCCUUCAGGCUCGGUACCGGAGCUUCAGCAGAAGAUUUUCAAGCGCAUGGGAAUAGAUGUCCCAGAGCCAAAGCAACCGCGCAGACCUGGGCAGCCUGGGGGAAGUUUCCGAAACCAAACCUCGUCUCGCAAAGAGCAACGGAGGGCCGACAGGAACCACAAGAAAUCCAAUCGCUACACGAGGGCGGCGCCGGAUACUGGUCGCCCUUCUCAUCCCAGACCUCAGAAUGGACCUAGAAGAGAGCCUGUAAGGCCAGUCUCCAGGCCUGCCCCGGAACCCGCUGCGAAGCCCCAGGGGGGUGGGAUGAGGAUGCUGGCAGACCUUUCGGAGGACGAUGAACUUAGUGAGGGCGAUUUCGAAGAUGGGGAUGAGGAUGAUGAAGAGAUGGGUGACUGGGAUGACGAGGACGACCAAAGUGAUGAUGAUGUCGCCGACACCAAAGCCCGCGGGAAAGAGAAACGUGGGAUUGACAAGUCAAUCCCACGCGCCGUCAGGGAAAGGUUAGCUGAAGACGAUGCCGCCAUCGAGGAGUUCGAAAGGAAGCUGGGUAUCAAAAAGGGGCGAAAGUCAUUACCUAAGUCAUUUGUUGAAGACGGCUUGGCGGCUUUGAUGGACGACUUUGGGGAAGGUGAUGUCUCUGAGGGCGACGACGAUGACCGGAAAAGGAAGCGAGAUUACGAUGAUUGGCUCGCGGAAAAGAGAAGGAAGACCGCGCCUCAGCAGUCAGGGAAGGGAAGGAAGCCAGCCAACAAUGAAGACGAUUCCGACUUGGGAUCGAGCGAGGGCGACGAGGCGGACAGCUUUGGCGGUUUCAGCGAAGAUGACGAAGGCCUUGAUGACGAGGAAGAUGGAGAUUCUGACGAUGACGAAGAAAUGGGCGGGUUUAGUGACGAGGGUGACCCAUUCGAUGAGUCCGACGCUGGCGAGGAGCCGGAGACCAAACCUCGGCAGCGCGAAAACCCAUAUGUGGCGCCGACUACUGGCGCAGUCGUCGCAAAAUACGUGCCACCUUCAUUACGCAAAGCCCAGGGGUCCGAGGGCGAGGCUCUGGCCCGCCUUCGGAAGCAAGUCCAAGGUUUGAUCAAUCGAUUGACGGAUGCCAACAUUCUGUCCAUCGUGCAGUCAGCCGAGGAAUUGUACCAGAAUAAUGCUCGAGGCGAGGUCACCGAAAUGUUAACGGAAUUGAUCCUGGCUCAAGUUUCCAAGCCUGAAAGCCUGCCAGAUCAAUUCUUUGUUUUGACUGGAGGUUUCGCUGCGGCGAUAUACAAGAUUAUCGGUGCCAGCUUCGGUUCCCACCUCGUUCGCCGAGUUGUCGAGGACUUUGGUCGGCAGUACGACCAUGCUAAAGCGUACGAAGGCGAAGUGGCGGCAAUUCCUAAAGAAGCAUCCAAUCUUCUCACCUUUCUAUCCCAGUUGUACGUCUUUGAGGUGGUCACUUGCAAAAUUGUUUUCGACUACAUGGAGAGACUGUUGAGCGACCUUGGCGAGCUGAACGUGGAACUCCUGCUUCGCAUAUGCCGGAUGGGUGGCAGGCUGCUUCGCCGAGACGACCCACACGCUCUCAAGCAGGUUUCUAGCCUCCUGGGCAAGGAGGUGACCAAGGUCGGGCAGACGAAUGUCUCUGUUCGAACCAAGUUCAUGAUCGAGACCAUCAACGACUUGAAGAACAGCAAGCCAAAAGCCAAGGGUCUUGAUUCUGCCGUCGUGUCCGAACAUGUACUACGAAUGAGGAAGCGUCUGGGAGAGUUGAAAUCGCAGUCGCGAAGGCUCGAUGGACUCUCGCCUAUGGGUAUAAGCCUUCAGGAUGUUGAGAAUGCCGAUACUCUGGGUAAAUGGUGGCUUGUCGGAGCCAGUGUUCCAGUCAAGCCUGAAGAUGCUAAGGGGGCAAAAGGGAACGGUGUUGCGAAGAGCGCCGGUAAGAACUACGAAUCUGAUGAAGAGGAUCUGGAGUUUAUCCUCCCCGACUAUCCCAAGAAGGCCAGGGCACAAGGCCUGAGCACACCAGGACAGAUCGCCAUAUUCACAGCCCUGCUAUCUGCCGUGGAUGCGGAGCAAGGGUACCACCAGUACGUGACUCUCAAGCUCAAGAAAGAUGAGCAGCUGGAAAUUGCCCGCGUACUGGUGCAGUGUGUCGGGAGCGAGCCACAGUACAACCCGUACUAUGCACUUGUGGCCAAGCAGGCUGUUAGUAACAGCAAGGUGCGGUUUGCCUUCCAGAACAGGCUCUGGCAGAUCUUCCGCGGGCUUGGGGAGUCUCUUUUUGGAGAGGAGGCGGACGAUGAUGAUACUGCAGACACGGACAGGAUGAAGGACCCCCAGCGGAUGAAGAAUGUUGCUCAGUUCUACGCGUCACUCAUCACGGAUGGCUCACUGAAUAUCAGUAUUCUGAAGCCCCUGGACCUGCCCCGACUUGGUUCAUCAUGCUCUACGUUUCUGGAAUGGCUUAUGAUCUAUCUACUCAAGGAAUGCAAGUCAAAGAACAGUGAGAAGGAGGACGCUCGGGUUGCCAAGGUGUUUGGGGCUGGCAGGGAUCUACCGGGUCUCUCGGCCGGUAUUGGCUGGUUCCUUCGCAAGAGGGUGCGCAAGUCUAAACUAAUCAGCAGCAAGGAGUUAAAGAAGCUGGAGGCCGUGAGAGAGAAGGCCGAAGGAGCGGCCCAAGCUAUCAGGAUGGAUGAAUAA